AUGGCCCUGUCAAGUCCACACAUGCAAAGAUUCCUCUUGUGCAAGCUCCAUAGCCGCUCCACCUCCAAGAUCACGCAGAAGAACAGCUUCAGCACCGCUAGCAGGGGCCAGUGCUGCUCUGCCAUAGCCAUUGAUGCUCCAUCGUCUUUGACUGAGGUGCCCGGUGUAAGAUGGGGAUCCAUAGCCUUGCAGGGUCUCCGUGAAGAGAUGGAGGAUGACAUCAUUGUUCGACCCGAUGGCCUUCAGGGCUUCUCUUUCGCGGCUGUCUUUGAUGGCCAUGGAGGGUUUUCUUCUGUCGAGUUUCUCAGUGCUAACUACAGGGAUGAGCUGUACAAGGAGUGUGUUGAAGCUUUAAAAGGUGGAUUACUAUUAGUGGAGAAAGAUUUCAAAGCCAUUAAAGGCGCAUUGCAGGACGCAUUUCUGAAAGCAGACACAAGGUUAUUACAACGGCUUGAAAUGAAUGGAGAGGAGGAUGAAUCAGGUGCUACAGCAACUGCCGUGUUCAUUGGAGGUGAUGAGCUUCUAAUUUCACAUAUAGGUGACUCGUCUGUGGUUCUAUGCAGAUCUGGAAAAGCAGAAGUUCUGACUAGUCCUCACCGACCAUAUGGGAGCAACAAAACUUCUCUUGACGAAAUUAGAAGAAUCAGAGAAGCAGGAGGAUGGGUAGCUCUUGGCUCAGAUACAGAAUUUAUAGUCUUAGCAUCCGAUGGCUUAUGGGAUUACAUGAGCAGCUCAGAAGCAGUUUCUUUAGUGAGGGAUCAACUAAGAAAACACGGAAACAUUCAGCUAGCAUGUGAAUCACUUGCAGAAGCCGCUUUGGACCGACGGACACAGGAUAAUGUCAGCAUUAUAAUUGCUGAUUUAGGGCGCACAGAUUGGCAGAAUGUGCCACUGGAGCAACAAAAUACUAUAUUUGAGCUUGUCCAAGCUAUUGCUACCAUUGGAAUUGUGUCUAUUGGAAUCUGGUUUUCAUCACAGAUUUCUUUAUAG